AUGACCGAACUGCAAGAGCAACGACUCUCGCAUUUGGCGCAAAUACUUUCCUGCACGCUCUCCCCCGACAAACUCGUCCGUUCCAGCGCGGAAGAAUGGCUGGAAACGAACAGCAACAGGGAAAACUUCUCGACCGAUUUGUUGUAUCUCAUCGCCGCCGAAAAUGUGACCGACGAGGCGUUAAAACUGAGCGCGAGUAUUCAGUUAAAACUACACGUUCGGAAACACUGGGAGCCGAGACACACGACAUUUUUCGCGAUGAUUGAAACGGAUAAAGCGAUCGUGAGGGAGAAUAUCUUAGAGAUCAUGUCCAAUCCGAGUUUACGCGCGAGAGUGAGAAGCCAAAUGGAAGAGUCGGUGAAAGAUAUCGUGAGAGAGGACUUCCCGGAAAAAUGGGACGCCGGGAAAAUGAUGGAGUGGAUAUUGAGUUCCAUGGACGAUGGGAGCUCGGACACGAGGAAAUUGGUCGGGAUGACGGCAAUGCACGCGAUUACGAGGAAGUUCGAGUUUAAGCGCGAAAUGGAAAGGGAGGAGGUGUUGAAUCCGUGCGUAGAAAGGGCGUUUCCGAAGAUGUUGAUUAUGUUGAGAGGGUGUUUGGAGAGAAUGAUGCAAUCGCAAGAGAGAGAAGAUAUCGUCGUCGAGCAAAUGGUCGGGGAGUACGCGAAGGCUAUUAUUAAGACGUUUUGGUCGGCGACGUAUUUGGACAUACCGAAAGCGAUGAGGCAACAACACGCGGGAGAGGGCGGACAACCUUUCGAGGCGCUCGCCGGUUGGGUUCAGACUUUCUUGCAAAUUUUGGAUUGCAAGACGCCGUUGAAAAUGAUCAGCAUGCAAGAUGCGUCGAAAGUGAUCGAAUGCGACGUGACGGAGGACGAGUUAGAAUUUAAGCAGUGGCCGUUUUGGAAGACGAAGAAGUGGGCGCAACACGUCAUGGGUCGAUUGUUCACGCGGCUCGGGAACGUGAAAUUGGCAAAGGAGGAACACAAGGAUCUGGCGAAAUUUUUCAAAGCGCACUUUGUGGAGAGUUUAGUGAACAUAAACAUCAAAACUUUGGCAGAUAGCUCGUUAGGGAAAAACGUCGAGACAAGGGUGCCAGACCGAAUAGUGAAUUUAGCGCUGCAGUUUUUAGUGUCCGCCGUGCACGUUGCGGCGGCGUACAAGGCGAUGAAGCCGGUGAUGCCAGAUCUUAUUACUAAAGUGUGUUUCCCGCUUUUAUGUUACGAUAACAGCGACGACGAGUUAUGGAGAGACGAUCCAAAAGAGUUUGUCAGACGGUCGGCAGAUAUUAUGCAGGAAAUGUAUUCGCCGAGACACGCGGCGGUAAACUUCUUGUCCGAACUGAGCAGAGGCGGGAAACGCAAGACGGAAUUUUUCAGCACGGUGGUAAAUUGCGCGGUGGAAGUGUUGCAAGCGAACGCGCAAAUACCGGAUUUAGCGAGCAGAGAUCGCUCGAGAUUAGACGGGGCGUUAUAUCUGGUCGGGCAACUCAGCGGCGUGUUGAAACUUGAGAAGGGUUAUAAAGAAUCUCUGGAAGAUAUGUUAGUCGCGCACGUCCUGCCGUCGUUUCAAUCGCCGCACGGUAAUCUUCGCGCGAAAGCGUGUUGGACUGCUGCACAGUUUGCGGAUAUAAAAUUUAACAACCCGGAAAAUUUUGUAAAUUUGUUUUGGAACGUGUGUAACUGCUUGAAAGACCCAGAUUUGCCGGUGAAAGUUGAAGCCGUGUGUUCGUUGCGCGCGUUUAUCGAUCACUCGGAAGAUUUAGAAACUUUGAAACCAAUUUUACCGCAAUUAUUGGAUGAAUUUUUCAAAAUCAUGGACCAAGUAGAAAGUGAGGAUAUCGUGUACACGUUGGAAACUAUCACGGAAAAGUUUGGCGAGGAGAUUGCGCCUUACGCCUUAGGCAUGACGACAAACCUGGCGCAGGCGUAUUGGAAGUGCAUAAAAGAAGCAGAAGAGAGAUCGAACGCGGAAGACGAUAACGAAGGCACUGGAAAUGCAGAUUAUGAUGACGAUUUUCAAGCCAUGCAAUCGAGUGGGUGUUUGCGCGCGAUAUCGACCAUAUUAACGUCCGUAUCGUCGCUCCCAGAGGUGUAUCCGCAACUCGAACAUAUUUUAUUGCCAAUCAUUUUACGAAUGGAAUCCGAUAUCGACCUUUUCGAGGAAAUGUUAGAAAUUGUCGGGUAUAUCACCUAUUAUUCACCACGUAUUAGUCAAGAGAUGUGGCAAGUGUGGCCGAAAAUGCUCGCCGUUCUCAAUAACGGUUGGGCGUUGCAGUAUUUCGAACACGUUCUGAUUCCGAUGGAUAAUUUUAUCAGUCGAAACACGGACAUUUUCGUCUCGAGCGCGCAAGCGAAACAGGAUACGUAUAAAAUUUGCGAGAAGGUGCUCACUCCGGAACAAGUCAUGGAAGAAGACAUGAUGACUGCACCUAAGUUGAUGGAGUGCGUUUUAGCAAACUGCAAAGGGCGCGUGGAUGAUUUACUUCCGUUGUAUUUACAGUUAUCUGUCCAAUCGCUCAUCGAGUUCCAACCGGAUUCGAGAUUUUUGCAAGACUUGUUGAUGGGAGUCGUUAUGAACGGGCUGAUUUACAACGCGGACCAGACGGUGAAACAUUUACAACCGGCGUUACCGAUGGUUUUGGAAAAGCUCGUCGCUAUGCUUGAACUUCGAUCGAAAUCGUCCAAGAAACGCAAACAUUUUCUUCGCGUGCACGACAAGAAAAUCGUCGCGCUCGGUUUGAUGGCGUUGAUGCAAAGCCCGGAGGCGAAUAACCAAAAUUUGCUCAACGAGCAAUCGUUGAUGCACUUGAUGAAACAUUUAGUUUCACUGUUGGAAGAUUUACGCCAACAAAUCGAAUCGGAAGAUUCGCGAUAUCAGGAUAGUAUUAAAACGUACCUCGAAAACGCCGCGAAAUCUCGAGAGAACGACGUGUACGAACAGUACUCGCGCCACCGCGACGACGAAGACUUUGAGGAGGACGAGGAUGCAGAUGAGAUGACGCCGCAAAUGCGCUAUCAACAAGCGUUGGACAGAGUCAAAGCCAGCGGUAGCGCUGAGCCUUUAGAGUUCGACCAAUCUAAAUUUGAGGAGCAGGAUUUCUCAGAUUCGGAUUCCGAAGGUUUCGCCGAAGACGACGAAGGAUCGCAAAGUCCGUUGGACGACAUCGAUGCGUUCAUAACGUUUGGGUCGUUUAUGCAGGCGUUGCAGAGCACGGCGCCGCAGAUGAGUCAACUCGUGCGCGCCCAAUCCGCCUCGGAAGUGGCCAAUUUGACGAUGCACGCGAUGAAACGAACAAGUGAACACUCAAAGGAAAGAGAGGAAGCGAGAAAGAAUUUACCGCCAGGGCAUAACUUUGGCGCACUUUAA